AAUUUAUAGUCAAAUUGUGGAAUCAAUUGUAAAGAAUGAUGUUAAUUAAUUAAAGUUGGACAUGUACAACUAAUAGUGACUUUGUAUAUAAUUUAAUUUGGGGAAUGUCAACUUCAACAUUGAGUACAUGUUGAACAAGAAUUAAUUUGAUUUUUUUAUAAUUUACACAUCCAUUUAUAUCCUAUAUUCAUAUUGUUACAGAACAUAACAUAAAUGAUACAUUUAGAGCCCCCGCACACUACAAACUUUUUAUCGGCCGAUAUUUUGAUCGGGUUGGGCUGUGAGCGCGCACACUACGCCAACUAAACAGUUGGGUUUGUGGUGAGUGCGCACACUAGACAACAGUCGGCCGACUACUUUUACUUUGUCAGCUACCGUUGAAGAGAGCGGUCGCAUAAUGAAAGUUAAUAGUAAUACAAUAUUGUCCAGAAAUAUUAUUAUCAUUGCUCUGAUACAACGGAGGAGAAAAAUCAAGAGGAGAGUCCGAGAGUUUUGGGUGCAUCCCAUCCACAGUGAUAGGUUAUUAAAUGGAAAAUUUUACACGAUGCAUUCAAAACUACUGGAUUUCCCGAAAAAUUUUUUCACAUUUUAUCGGAUGACCAUAACUAGCUUCAUACCUGUGGAGGAGAGAUUGAGCGUCACUAUUCGAUAUUUGGCUACUGGAGCAAGUUUCAAUACGUUGUCCUUUGAUUAUCUAAUGGGAGCUUCAACCAUUCGAAAUAUUACGAAAACUACAUGUGAGCAAAUAUGGAACAUACUCCAACCGCUGUAUAUGCCCAUAAAACAACAUGAUGACUGGAUUAAAAUUGCGGACGAGUUCUAUAGUCGUACAAAUUUUCCAAAUAUUAUUGGGGCAAUAGAUGGCAAGCACAUACGGAUGAUGCAGCCAGAACAUUCCGGAUCGUCAUAUUUUAACUACAAAAAGUUCUUUUCUUGUGUGUUAAUGGCUUGGACUGACGCAGAUUAUAAAUUUGUAUACAUUGAUGUUGGUUCUUAUGGAACGGCUAGUGAUUCAGAAAUAUUUAAAACAUCUGAAAUGGGUAAACGACUUUCCGAGAACCGAUUAAAUAUUCCCUCCGGCAGGUAUUUGCCCAAUUAUGAUGAUGAACAUGUUUAUGUAAGUAAAUAAAUAAAAAUGUAUACCUAAAUAUUAAAAUAAAACUUUGUUUUCAAAGCAA